CUCAAAUGUUGGCAAGUAAUAUUACACCGUGUGCUUUAUUCAUUAUACUUCAGAACCCAUGAGGAAUUAAAGAGAUAGUCAUCUUAGAAAGGUGGCUUGUAUUUCUUCCAACUUUUGGGCCAUUAUGCUUGCAGUGGCAACAAUCUUCUGCUACUCUGAAUUAGUCAGCCAACAGCAGCUGGAUGGAUUUAUGGUGAGUGCCUAAGAUUCUCAGUCAUUUAGAAGACGCUCUUAUCCAGAGCGACUUACAGUAUAGAUUACCUGUAUGACGACAUUGAGGAUACGAUUGGGUAUCGUCUCUGGCCAUGAUAAGGGUGCGUUCGUCUCUUUGCUCUCAAGUUUAACUAAACAUAUGUGUAUCCGGACUGCGCCUCUGCUUUGGGCUGGCUCGUUGGGCUCUUCUGGACUCUCUUGGGUCCCUUUUGGAUUAUGUUUAAGGUUUUUUUGACCAAAGGAACUGUUUGGCAGAUCCUCAACCAGCUCUGUCAGCCUGAAAGUAUUAAGACAGUCAACCUAAAGAAGACAUUUGAUGUCCUGAACCCAGUUAGGACUGAAGAAAGGAAGUUGAGCUUGAAAUGCAAAUAUGAAAAUCUUCUAGAUAUGGCAGGAGGCUCUCCCAGGGCAGGACAUCCCACUGAGAGUCAAACAGCGGGACCAGUGGGCUAACAAAAUGGAGUUUAUCCUAACUGUGGCUGGUGCUAUUAUUGGACUUGGAAAUAUAUGGAGGUUUCCGUAUCUAUGCUACAAGAAUGGCGGAGGUGCCUUCCUUAUCCCUUACAUCCUCUUCCUAGUUACCUGUGGCAUCCCUCUGUUCAUCCUAGAGACUGCUCUUGGUCAGUACACUAGUCAAGGUGGAAUCACAUGUUGGCGGAAACUCUGUCCAUUGUUUGAGGGUAUGGGAUAUGCCAGCCAGGUGAUCAUUCUUUACGGGUCUAUCACCUACAUUGUGAUUCUUGCAUGGGCUUUUCUCUACCUUUUCUCUUCAUUUACUGUUAUUCUACCAUGGGCCAGCUGCAACAACUCUUGGAAUACAGAUACGUGUGUUCUGUUUGAUGGCAAGAACAACUCUGGCAACUGGACAUCUCCCUUGAGUACUUCAUCUGUUGUGGAGUUUUGGCAACGUCGGGUUCUACAGUUAUCAAGUGGCAUCGAAGAUCUUGGAAGUAUACGGUGGGAGCUGGCUUUAUGUCUUCUGCUGGUCUGGGUAAUCUGUUACUUCUGUGUCUGGAAAGGAGUAAAGUCGACAGGGAAGGCAGUUUACUUCACAGUUACAUUCCCCUAUGUGAUGAUGGUGGUACUAUUGGUCAGAGGGGUAACACUACCUGGAGCCAUGGAUGGCAUUUACUACUACAUCCACCCCAAUGUUACUAGACUAGCUGAUCCACAGGUGUGGAUGGAUGCUGGAACCCAAAUAUUUUAUUCCUAUGCCAUUAGCCUAGGAUUUCUGACUUCCCUUGGAAGCUAUAAUAAGUACAACAACAACUGCUAUAAAGACUCCUUCUAUCUGUGCCUGUUGAACAGUGGGACCAGCUUUAUGUCUGGUUUUGCCAUUUUCUCAGUCCUGGGCUACAUGGCUAAAGAGCAGAAUGUGGACAUUUCUGUAGUCGCUGAGUCAGGUCCUGGACUAGUGUUCAUUGUGUACCCACAGGCAGUGACCCUGCUUCCCUUUCCACAGUUCUGGUCAGUGUGUUUCUUCACCAUGAUCAUCCUGCUUGGGGUGGACAGCCAGUUUGUUGGCCUGGAGACUUUGAUGACCUCAGUCACAGAUGUUUUCCCCAUCCUACUAAGAAGACGGUAUCGGAGAGAGGCGUUACUGCUUGUGUUCUGCAGUGUCUGCUUCCUACUUGGCCUUUUCAUGGUCACACAGGGUGGCCCCUACAUCCUCCAGCUCUUUGAUCAUUAUGUGUGCAGUGGAGCAACUUUGUUAUUCUUGUCCAUUUGCCAAUCAGUUGCCAUUGGAUGGGUGUAUGGUGCUGAUCGAUUCUGUGACAACAUUGAGGAUAUGAUUGGUUACAAGCCUUCCACUCUUCUGAAAUACUGUUGGAUGUACAUUACACCCACUAUAUGCACAGGUACUUUUGUAUUCUCUGUGCUUAAGUACAGUCCUCUGAAAUUCAAUAACAUUUACGUGUAUCCCUGGUGGGCAUAUGGACUUGGCUGGUUCCUGGCAGUGUCAUCCCUCUCUCUGAUUCCCAUUACUAUGGCUUUCAAACUAGCCAAGGGCAAAGGAACUCUCUGGCAGCGUCUUCAGACAUUAUGUCGCCCUGCAGCCGACCUUCCAAUGCUUCAGAAGGAAAGGAGAAAUAUUUGUAGAAUAGAAAACACAGAACAUAAGUCCAGCAAUAAUAAUAUAAACACAAUAUAACAUAUAUAGACAUAUAGAAGAUGUUCCCAUAUUACUUCUACUAUAAGUAAUGGUAUUUUUGUAACUUUUUUAAGACUCGUAUUGUGUGUGUAUUUUCAAGUUUAUUGCCAUUUGUAACAAGUAUAGGUAUAUUGGAAUUAAUUGGUCCUGCACUUUGACAAUCCCAAGGGUCUGAACUUCUAAUAUGAUCUACACCUGAAAUAAAACAUAUUUACCUAAAUGGGCUACUAUACUUUUCUACAGUAUAUUUAAAAUUAAUAAGUAUUUGGAAAUAAAAUAAUACUGAAUAAUUGACCUACCAUCUGAGAAUAACCUGAGAUGAGAAUAACAACUAAGAAUUACUUAUGUGAGUAAAGUAUCUUGUCCACAUGUGUUUGUGUGUGUGUUGGGAAGGGAGUAAAGCAAUAUAUUUAGGCUAUAUUGCCUUAAAUUGAUAGAUUACAGUACAUUAUUUUACAUAGUGCCAUAUUUGGUUGAAUAAGCUACUGCAAGCUUCUUGAUGUUCAACUGCUUUAGCCUGUUCAAUCAUAUAAUCAUGUAUAGCUUGCAUUGUGUCAUAAUUGCAUUUUGAACUUAGAUUUAUGUAUUUUCAUAAUUGUAUAAGACAAUGCUAAAAAUAUUUUAUAUAUUUUUGAAUUGUUGUAUAAUAAAACCCUUUAACCAUAGACCAUGACAUACUCAACUAACUUUUUUUUUCCUGUACUCAUUUAACAGGUAUUUAUAUUUUAUAAUACAAAACCAAAUUAUGAAUAGUUGAAAGUCAGGAAUAAAAACCAGUCACUCAGUUAUGCUUGUUUUAUUUUAUUUUAAGUAUUUUUGUGCUAGGGGCUGUCAACAAAAACUGGAACUAACUUCCAUUUCUCCUUUUCACUCAGAAAUACAUUUCAGCAACUUACAGCUAUUUUAGGAGAGUGGACUGUCUACCAGAGAAACGUUAUUAGCGCCACCUUAAGGCCUCAUGACUGACAGUAUGGAAUCUACUUAAAUGUUUGAAAUAAAUACUUGACUAUUUUAAGUUGUUCCAAAUAAAAGAUUAAUUUAAAACAGAAAGUGUACAGUUCUAGAGAAAUAUCUCUGUAUUCAGUGUAUUGGGUAUGUACGGAUGUGUUCAGGUUACACAGAAUGGUUGCGUAAGUACCCUUUAAAGCAUUACAAAACUCUUCAGUGUGCUUGGCCCUGUGUCAAAUAGUCAGGGAGGAAAGAUCAGCCAGAGUUGUACCUCAAUAAACAGUUAAGCAGAGUUUGCAUUGUAAAUCAAAGGAACAGGUAAUUAUAGUUCACAAAAAGACUAGGAAUAUUUGUAUAGCUUCAACUUUAAGGUAUGUGAUGCCUCGUGAGAACAAAUCGACUUCAUGAAAUAUUGUGUAAAGAAUGACUAAAUGUAUGCAGUGAUAACUUAUGCCAAGAUUGGCUCAUUCAACUGACCUCUUUAACUUUGACACACAUGCCUUUCACUGUUGAUUUCCUGGGCAACUGGCACAAUGCGUCAUGCCCUUGCCAAUGCAUGCAUCAACCACAAAUACAACCCUAGAUGAUUCUCAAGGGACGAUAUUGAGACUAUGAGUUGUAAAAUGUUUCUGGCCACUGUAUCAAGCUAUGCAAUUAGGUAAAUAUGCAGACAAUAUAAAAUGUGUUGAUAGCCCCAUUGUUAAUGACGCAUUUGAGUAAAUUUGUCCAGUUAUGAAUUACUAAACCACACAUACAAUGGGGCAUUGGGCUUCUAAACAUUGGCACUUUGAGGGAGGAUUUUUUAAGAUUUAUUCUUUCCAACCAAAAUGUUAAAGGCACUCACAAUCUGAAAGUACAACACUAUUAACACAGGAACUAUUGGGAAGGCCUUUAAGAUAUACUUUCCUUCUCAAGAUCAUUCAAGACACGGGUUUAACCCAAGAUAUUUUAUAAUGUUUACUACCCUACCCUAGCCUGGCUCUGCCUUCCUACGUACUUCCGCUCAAUUUGGAUUUUGCUUCUGUACUA